UGAUUUACAUGGUGACUGCAAACUCUUUUAUGCUUCAGUAGAAAGGAAAGGGAAUAAAGAGACAUCUAAAAGAAUGAAGAGGCGCAAGUGGUUCUACAAAUGCUCAACAAGACAAAGUCUCCUGAUCUUGAUUUUAACAGUGUGGCUGCUUUCACUACUGAAACUUCUCAAAGUCGAGCGACUGUUGUUCCCUCACAAGGGUAUUUAUUUUGUAGAGCCGUUUCUGAGCUCCUCAUUGUUUGUGAAGAACAAGUACCCCCACCUCAGAAGUCAUGUGCAGUAUGAAAUCAACUGUUCCUCUAUUUACAAUGAAGAGCCUGUAGAGAUCGGCAAGUCUUUAGAAAUUCAGAGAAAAGAAAUUAUCGAUUUAGAUGAUGAUGAUGUUGUAGCAAUGACUAGUGACUGUCAUGUAUACCAUAAAAUUAGAGAAUAUCACCUAAAGCCUAUUUCUCUGGAAGAGGAAAAAUUCCCUUUAGCCUAUUCUUUGGUGGUUCACAAAGAUGCCAUGAUGGUUGAGAGGCUCAUCCAUGCAAUAUACAGCAGUCAGAAUGUUUACUGUAUCCAUUAUGACCAAAAGUCAUCUAGCACUUUCAAACAUGCUUUGAACAAUAUAGCCAAAUGCUUUCCCAAUAUUUUCAUAGCAUCCAAAUUGGAAGUGGUAGAAUAUGCCCAUAUUUCAAGGCUUCAGGCAGAUCUGAAUUGUUUGUCUGAUUUGUUUAAGUCUUCUGUUCCAUGGAAGUAUGUGAUCAAUUUGUGUGGCCAAGACUUUCCUUUGCGGCCCAACUUUGAGCUGAUAUCUGCACUUAAGAAAUUAAAUGGAGGAAAUAUGUUGGAGACGAUCAAGCCAAGUAGCAGCAAAAGGGAACGCUUUAUUUAUCACUAUGAACUUCAGAAAAUGCCUUACGAAUACACAAAGGUGCCUGUGAAAACUAGUAUCUCUAAGGACCCACCACCCCACAAUAUUGAGGUUUUUGUAGGCAGUGCUUAUUUCAUUUUAUGCCGAGAGUUUAUACAGUUUGUCCUUGAAAGUUCCAUCGUUCAAGAUUUUUUUGAAUGGUCAAAGGACACUUACUCUCCUGAUGAACAUUUCUGGGCAACUCUUGUUCGUGUACCUGGCACACCUGGAGAGGUUUCAAGAGCAGCUCCGGAUAUCACAGAUCUUCAGAGCAAAACACGUUUGGUAAAAUGGAACUACCUUGAGAAUCACCUGUAUCCUCCUUGCACUGGUACACAUCUUCGUAGUGUAUGCAUUUAUGGAGCCGCAGAACUGAGAUGGCUCAUCAGCUAUGGGCACUGGUUUGCCAAUAAAUUUGACUCCAAAGUGGAUCCUGUUUUAAUAAAAUGUUUGGUAGAGAAACUUGCAGAAAGGCAAAAGGAAUGGGUUGGUUUGUCUUCAGAAAAACGUUUUCUACACCGGACAUUUACAGAUGUUUCAGCAUUACAGUCCACCCAUGAGUGGUCUUUGCAGAAAAAAAGUUGAGUUACAUUGCUCAUCAUACGUCUCUUAUCUACCUUGGUGGAAUCCAGUUGCCCUUCUAUAUGUGUAACUAAAGGGAAGGUGUAUUAGAUGAGCUGCUUCGAGCCCAUGGAGCAGAUGUUGGAGCAGGGUAAACUAGAGGCAGUAGGUGAGGUUCCCUGCUCCUCAGCAAUAAAAAGCGAGUAACAGAGAGAACGUGCUUGGCUUAACCCAGUGCUUCCCAAUCUUCUUGAGGUUCCUUUGAACUUGCUCUAGCUUCUAACCCUCUCCAAAUGAACAUUUAUAAGUUGCCUGCAGCCUUUGUUAUAUGCAAAGAUUUGUGAAACAGGGUGCUCAUCCAACACUGGUAUUAGAAAAAAUGAUUGGUAUAUCUUUCUCACCCCCACAAAUGCACAGGGAACAAUAAUUAGAACAUAGCAUCCCCACCAAAUUAGGUUGAGAUUAUAUGGUAGAGAGGAAAUCACCCUCACAAAUCUAAUGGUGAAAGUCC